CGAGCGGGCGGUUGCUUGUUGGUUGUUGUAGUAACCGGGGAAGCAGCAGUCGGCGGCUGCCCGGAGCCCUGCUGGGGAAAGAAGAGAGAGGUAGGAGCAGAGUGUGGUCCACGCCUGCCCGCUUGAACCAUGGGAAGAUGAGACAGGAUUUCCCAACAUUUUGGGAAAGAUUGAGAAAUCCCACUGAGAAUCCCCCGAAGAAAGCCAUUGAAGUUGUUAGACAUUGCCCACUGCGCCGAAGAUCUGAAUCUGUGCCAUCCAAAUUGCUUGAUCUGGUGAAUCUUCUAGGAAAGGUCUCUGAGGCCCCUGUCUGCUGACUGUAUGACAAACCCUAAAGGAAAUGCCAAUCGUGAUGGCCCGGGACCUGGAGGAAACAGCAUCCUCAGAGGAUGAGGAGGUCAUAAGUCAAGAGGAUCAUCCAUGUAUCAUGUGGACUGGAGGCUGCAGGAGAAUUCCAGUUUUGGUAUUCCAUGCUGAGGCUAUUCUGACAAAGGACAACAAUAUGAGAGUAAUCGGAGAACGUUAUCAUUUGUCUUAUAAGAUUGUACGAACGGACAGUCGCCUGGUACGCAGCAUUCUGACAGCUCAUGGAUUUCAUGAAGUUCACCCAAGUAGCACUGACUAUAACCUAAUGUGGACAGGAUCCCACCUGAAGCCCUUCUUACUUCGUACCCUCUCUGAAGCACAAAAAGUUAAUCACUUUCCAAGGUCUUAUGAACUAACCCGGAAGGACCGACUGUACAAAAACAUUAUUCGAAUGCAGCAUACACAUGGCUUCAAGGCUUUUCACAUUCUCCCUCAGACCUUCCUACUGCCAGCUGAGUAUGCGGAAUUCUGUAAUUCAUAUUCAAAGGACCGGGGACCUUGGAUAGUAAAACCAGUGGCUUCUUCUAGGGGCCGAGGCGUCUACCUGAUCAACAAUCCAAACCAGAUUUCCCUGGAAGAGAACAUUCUGGUCUCCCGUUACAUUAACAACCCCCUGCUCAUAGAUGAUUUCAAGUUUGACGUGCGCCUCUAUGUGCUCGUGACUUCCUAUGAUCCUCUUGUCAUCUAUCUCUAUGAAGAAGGAUUGGCUAGGUUUGCAACUGUGCGAUAUGAUCAAGGAGCCAAGAACAUUCGGAAUCAGUUCAUGCAUCUGACAAACUACAGUGUGAACAAGAAGAGUGGAGACUACGUCAGUUGUGAUGAUCCGGAAGUGGAGGAUUAUGGAAACAAAUGGAGUAUGAGUGCUAUGCUUAGGUACCUGAAACAAGAAGGCCGAGAUACAACCGCAUUGAUGGCCCAUGUGGAAGACCUGAUCAUUAAGACUAUAAUCUCUGCUGAACUAGCUAUUGCUACUGCCUGUAAAACCUUUGUUCCUCAUCGCAGCAGUUGUUUUGAACUCUAUGGCUUUGACGUGCUCAUAGAUUCUACUCUGAAGCCAUGGUUGUUGGAAGUGAAUCUCUCUCCUUCUUUGGCCUGUGAUGCACCUCUGGACCUAAAGAUUAAAGCCAGUAUGAUUUCAGAUAUGUUCACUGUUGUAGGAUUUGUGUGCCAAGAUCCUGCCCAGCGAGCAUCAGCCCGGCCAAUUUAUCCCACCUUUGAGUCUUCCCGGCGAAACCCUUUCCAGAAACCUCAGCGUCCAGUAUCUGCACAGUUACAGUCAUCAAAGGCCAAGCAGCGUUCCCGUCCACUUUCAGCCAGUGAUGCAGAAAUGAAAAACCUCGUGGGCUCAGCCCGGGAGAAAGGGCCAGGGAAGUUGGGUGGUUCUGUGCUUGGUCUGUCAAUGGAGGAGAUCAAAGUUUUACGGAGAGUGAAGGAGGAAAAUGACCGGAGAGGUGGAUUUAUUCGCAUAUUUCCUACAUCUGAGACAUGGGAAAUAUAUGGGUCCUACCUCGAACAUAAGACCUCCAUGAACUAUAUGCUGGCAACACGCCUCUUCCCGGACAGGGGAAACCCAAGAAGGAGCUUAUUGACAGGAAGAACACGAACGACUGCUGAUGGAACACCAGAAUUGAAGAUAGAUGGCACGAAUUCAAAGGCCAAGCUGCAUGCCGCACUUUACGAGAGGAAGCUCCUGUCUCUGGAGGUGCGAAAAUGUAGACGACGGAGUAGCAGAUUGAGGGCAAUGAGGCCAAAAUACCCAGUGAUUACCCAACCAGCUGAAAUGAAUGUUAAAACUGAGACAGAGAGUGAAGAGGAGGAAGAAGUCGCGUUAGUUAAUGAAGAUGAAGAACAAGAAGCUUCCCAGGAGGAGUCUGCAGGGUCUCUUAGAGAAAAUCCAGCCAAAUAUACACCCUCAUUAACAGCUAUGGUAGAAAAUGCACCCAAAGAAAAUUCCGUGAAAGUUCCUGAAUGGAAUAAUAAAGGUGAACAGUGCUGCAAAAUUGAGGCUCAGGAGCCAGAGCCUAAAUUUAACCUGAUGCGGAUUCUUCAAGAUAAUGGUAAUCUUAGCAAAGUGCAGGCCCGAUUAGCAUUCUCUGCCUAUCUCCAGCAUGUUCAAAUUCGCCUGAUGAAAGGCAGUGGAGGUCAGACGUUCAGUGCCAGUUGGGCUGCCAAAGAGGAUGAACAGAUGGAGCUGGUAGUUCGUUUCCUCAAGCGAGCAUCAAGUAACCUCCAGCAUUCACUGAGGAUGAUAUUACCCAGCCGACGAUUGGCGCUUCUGGAACGCAGAAGGAUCCUGGCCCACCAGCUCGGUGACUUUAUCCUUGUAUACAGCAAGGAAACAGAACAAAUGGCUGAAAAGAAAUCAAAGAAGAAACUUGAGGAAGAAGAGGAAGAUGGAGUGAAUAUGGAAAACUUUCAGGAGUUUAUCAGACAAGCAAGUGAGGCUGAACUGGAGGAGGUGUUGACUUUUUAUACCCAAAAGAACAAAUCUGCCAGUGUCUUCCUGGGGACUCACUCUAAAAGUUCUAAGAACAACAACAGUUAUUCUGAUAGUGGGGCAAAAGGUGAUCACCCUGAGACAAUAGUGGAAGAAGGGAAAAUAAAGCCGCCUAAGCAGCAACAGGCAACAGAAAUUCAUUCUGAUAAAUUAUCUCGAUUUACCACUUCAGCAGAAAAAGAGGCUAAAUUAGUUUAUACCAAUUCUUCCUCUACUUUCUCUGGUCCUGCUGCUACUCUGCAGAAAAUUCCCAACACCUCUGGGAAUUCUGACCUCUCUCCAGGGCCUGGCCACCAUUCUUUAUCUCAAAUUCCUUCAGCUAUCCCUAGCAUACCUCACCAGCCAACAAUUUUACUGAACACAGUCUCUGACAGUGCUUCUCCCUCCCUCCAUCCUGGGGCACACAACAUCCCAAGCCCUGCUGGCCUGCCACGCUGUCGAUCAGGAAGUUACACCAUUGGCCCCUUUUCCUCUUUCCAAAGUGCUGCACACAUCUAUAGCCAGAAACUGUCUCGUCCCUCUUCAGCAAAGGCAGCAGGAUCGUGCUAUCAAAACAAGCAUCAUUCGGGAAUAGCCAAAACACAAAAAGAGGGAGAAGAUGCUUCUUUAUAUAACAAACGGUACAACCAGAGUAUGGUGACAGCUGAACUUCAGCGACUCGCUGAGAAGCAGGCAGCGAGACAGUAUUCUCCAUCCAGCCACAUCAACCUCCUCACCCAACAGGUAACAAACCUGAAUUUGGCAACUGGCAUCAUAAACAGAGGCAGUGCUUCAACUCCCCCCACCCUCCGACCCAUCAUCAGUCCUAGUGGCCCGACAUGGUCAAUACAGUCAGACCCCCAAGCUCCUGAGAAUCACUCCAGCCCUCCUGGAAGCAGGAGCCUCCAGACAGGUGGCUUUGCCUGGGAAGGAGAGGUAGAAAACAACGUGUACAGCAAGGCUACAGGGGUGGUCCCCCAGCACAAGUAUCACCCCACAGCGGGCAGCUACCAGCUCCAUUUUGCCCUGCAGCAACUUGAGCAACAAAAACUUCAGUCCCGGCAGCUCCUGGACCAGAGUCGAGCCCGGCACCAGGAAAUUUUUGGCAGCCAGACACUACCUAACUCCAAUUUAUGGACAGUGAAUAAUGGUGCAGGCUGCAGAAUUUCCAGUGCCACAGCUAAUGGCCAGAAGCCAACCACUCUGCCACAAAAAGUGAUACCACCUCCAAGUUCUUGCGCCUCCCUGGUCCCCAAACCCCCACCCAACCACAAACAAGUGCUCAGAAGAGCAACAUCCCAGAGGGCUUCCAAGUCUGACCAAGCUCCCUUGUGUUUCAGAGGGUCCUCCGCAGAAGGGCAGCAGAAUGGACUCCAAAGCAGCCUUAACCCUGCAGCCUUUGUGCCCAUCACCAGCUCCACAGGAUCUUUGGAAGCUCCCCAAGUUAUUUUCGCCAGAUCCAAACCCCUGCCCACACAAUCUGGAGCCCUUGCCACAGUUAUAGGACAGAGAAAAUCAAAGUCGGUGAAGGCAGGGCCAAUUUAAGGUAACAGUAAGAAUAAGAGCAUAUUUUUAUCAUUUUCACUUGCUGACUUUAUACUACAGCAAGAGACUUAGUAGCUACCAAAAGAAGUUCUAGCUUCUCAAAAUGACAGUGAAGUUGGGGCUUUGUAAACCAAAGCUCAGAAGGACACUCCAAAACUGCGGGUCAAAGUUGAGCCCCAAUAGCUUGCUCCUAUAACGGUCUACCAGUAGGUGGCGCUGUGGCAGUAAGAUCUUUCCCUACUAUUACUAGAGGCUUUUGUUUGAAAAUAUGAGACAAAUCAAAGAAACUAAAACCAUGAUUGAGUUGUCACAGGCAAAUUAUAACAUAAUACAUAGGAAAACAUGAUAUUUGAAGGUCAAGUUGCAGUAGUUUCAAAAGAGAAUGAAUAUUUAUUAUUAAAGAAGGCUUUUAGACUAGAGUUUAUAAAUUGGACUUUCAGAUUAUGGGAGGCAGGGAGGGUACAAUUUUCUUUUUAAUUUUGGUGAGGUUGAUAAAUCAAUUGUUUUUGCUGAGUUACUUAAAUAAACAUAUGCUAUAAUUAGCAGCAAAACAAACUAUAAACCUCAUCCUCCAUCCACCUAAAACAAGCUCAUACAUUGAAGGUAUGGUCUAACUGGAUUUUGUGAAGCUGUUUCCACAGUUCACCAACACUGCCGUCAGUAUUUUAUUCCCAGCCGUGGCCUUCAAAAUUUUCCAGAAAAUUCUGUGAAACUUCAAGGCUUUGAUAAUUCCUUUCCUCUUUGCUCUUCCCCACGCACUAAAGCAUUAAUGGCACACCUGCUAUGAGCCUAAUACUCUUCUUACCUCUGGGGGAAUAUUUUUAAACUUAUUUGAGAAGCAUUAUUCAUCAGAAUACCCCAGGAGUGCAAAAGAGAGAGGAAAAUUAUUUACCCACCACAGGAUUCAUUUACAUUGGAUCAGCAAGCUUCAAAUAUCUUUCCCUAGCCCAUCUAAACUCUUUCCAGAAAGGAAUGAGAAGAGAGAAGGGAACACAAAAUCCAUGGCUUGGUCAUCUACCAAAAUGUACCAGAGAAACUGAAAACAACCAGAGUCCUGUUGGUAAUCCUUAGCCAGUGGUCCUUUAAUUCUGAUACUAAGAGGUCUGUCCAAUGAGGAACAACUAAUAAAAUAUAGAAGACUAAAGCAAGAAGGUCAAUAUUUCCCUCAGGAGACUGGCAGCCAGAAGAAUGAAUGUGACAUCAAGCUCCAAACUAAACUGAUGGCCUGCCAAGAAGUACUCAUGUCCAUCCGCUUCUAGGACUGUGAUACUUGGACCUGCCACAGUUACAAUAUCACUUUCCUUGAACCUCGUUCAUUAGUAUCCUUUACAAUCCACCCUGAACAUUACAUGGUAAAAUGGGACCAUCAGCAAAAGAAGCCUUGGGAAAGAGCCCAUUUCUCAACAUUUUGAUCUGUGUUGCAGAUACAGCCCUGCUGAGCCUGAGCUGUGUUUAAGCUAGGGAUGGCUGAUGCUGUGCUUCGUGAUUAGCCGAGGCAGUGAGACAGCAUGCCAAGUGUGUUUGGACGAAGAGGACAAAGCAGGUCAGAGGGUCUCAGAAGUCCAGCUCCUCUGGUGCACCGUCACUGCUGGGAAGCUGCAGAGGCAGGCCCACCAGCCUGGCACGUGCCCAUGUUUAAAGGAAUUAGGUAGUUUACAAAGUGAAAAGGCAGAACCCCACAGGCCUCAGCCCACUACCUGAAGCAUGCUUUCUUUUUAUUGUGAAUGCAGUGUAGACAGCAGAGGUCCCAUCAAUCACAAUCACAAACAAAUGUCAUCACCAGCCAUGAUAGUCCUAGAACCUCUUCAUAUGUGGGUUUAGGAAGGCAGUCAAGUUAGGUUAGAGAAUUUGAGUUGUGUUUGCAUUACAUGUUUUGUAAAACUGAGAAAAAUAUCGGUUGUCCUUACCAGGAGGGAGCUGGGCUGAAGGAUAUUAGGCGCAAAGCCUGUGUAUGAGCCUUGUAUGCUGCCCAGGCCAAGUGUCUUAUUUAACUACAUUGUUCUUUGUUUUCUUAGAUUCUGUAUGUGUCUGUUCAUCAGAGGGCCAAUUAUAUUUAUUUUCUUAUUUUCUGUAUUUUCUUGAGACAGGGUCUUGCUC